AUGAAGUGUAUCGACAUAAAGGCUUCUUCUUCCUUCUCCCUUCUUCUUCUUCUCCUAACUCUCCCUCCUCCCUCCCAUGGCCUCAACGUAGAUGGAACCCUUCUCCUCUCCUUCAAAUACUCCAUCCUCAGUGACCCUCUCUCUGUCCUCCACAACUGGGACUACCACGACGACACCCCAUGUCUAUGGACAGGGGUCACCUGCGCUGCAGUCGAAACCCCCUUCGGAGAAGUUCCUGUAAUCUACCGAGUCAUCUCUCUCAGCCUUCCAAAUUCGAACCUUCUUGGAGUCAUCCCAACAGGGUUAGGCUUCCUCCCACAUCUGACAACUCUCGACCUCUCCAGCAAUUUCUUGAAUGGAACUCUCCCUGACUCCAUCUUCUCCGCCCCUCACCUGCAAUUCCUUUCUCUCGCCAACAAUGUCAUCUCCGGCGAGAUCCCCGACAUCGCCUCCAAGAGCCUCAGGAUCCUUAACCUCUCCGACAAUGCUCUCACCGGAACCAUUCCUCCGACCAUCGCUUCUUUGCCGAAUCUUGGGGUGGUUUCUUUGAGGAGUAAUUAUCUCUCCGGCAAUGUCCCCGCCGGCGUCGGCUCCAUCGGAGUUCUCGACUUGUCGUCCAAUUUGCUGAAUGGAUCAUUGCCUGAUGACUUUGGUGGGGAGAAUCUCAAGUAUUUGAAUCUCUCUUCGAACAAUCUUUCCGGGUUAUUGCCUCCUCUGUUUGCUGCUAAGAUACCUCGGAAUGCCAGCGUGGAUCUCUCGUUUAAUGAUCUUUCCGGCGAAAUUCCAGCGGGUUUUUCCGAUCAGAAGCUGGAGUGGUUUGAAGGGAACUCGGGGCUUUGUGGGAAGCCACUCAAGAACCUCUGCUCAAUCUCUUCAACUAUUUCUAUUCCUCCUAAUGUUUCGAAUUCGAACACUUCUUCUGCGGCGAUUGCCGCGAUUCCUAGGACGACUGAUUCCUUCCCGGAGCCUGAUUCUUCGUCAGGAGCAUCAUCAACACCGAAUUCUGCAGCUCAACGUGGUCUGAAACCAAGCACAGUUGCAGCAAUUGCAGUCGCGCCGUUGGCCGGAAUCGCCAUUCUUGCAGCCCUUUUUUUCUGCGUUUACUACAAGAGGAUCAAAGCGAAUGGCGACGCCAAGGAAAGCUCGAAUUCGAUGACAAACGUAAGAUAUGAGCUCAACAACAGUUCAGAGUCAUCACCAGUGACGAAGAAGAAGCAAAACUUCCUCAUCUGGCCUUGCUUGAAUGUAAGAAAGGGAGACGAAAGUUCGGACGCUACGGGCUCAGACAGCGACGAGAAUGCUUACCAUGUCGUCGGUCCUCGACAGGAAAACCAAAACCAGAACCAGAAUCACCGUCGUCGUUCGAUUAGGACAACCGAAAGAUCGCUCGUGAUGAUCAACGGCGAAACUGAGAUGGAGCCUGAGACGUUGUUGAAGGCUUCAGCAUACGUUCUCGGGACGAGCGGCAAUACCAUCGUGUACAAAGCUGUGCUUCAAGACGGGACGGCAUUCGCUGUGAGGAGAAUCGGCGAGAGCAGAAUCAACCGGAUGAAGGAAUUCGACAGCCUCGUCAAGGCCAUCGCCAAAAUCCAGCAUCCAAACGUUGUCCGCGUACGCGGCUUCUACUGGGGAGACGACGAAAAGCUCGUGAUCUACGACUACAUCUCCAACGGCAGCUUGGCCAACGUCGGCUACAGAAAACUCGGCUCGUCCCCGAAUCAUCUGUCGUUCGACACUCGUCUGAAGAUCGCAAGAGGCGUCGCGAGAGGGAUCAGUUUCAUACACGACAAGAAGCAAGUCCACGGCAACAUCAAGCCAAGCAACAUUCUCUUGACGUCCGAGAUGGAGCCUCUGAUCAGCGACUUCGGCGUCCAUUGGCUCGCUAACGGCCGUAAAUCCACAACCUCGACGGGAUCCCCUACCGCAUUGGCCAGAUGCCUGUCGCCGUAUCAUGCACCGGAAUCGCUCAUCUACAGUCGAGGCGGGAAGCAGGAUCCGAAGUGGGAUGUCUACUCUUUCGGGAUUUUGUUGCUCGAGCUUCUAACCGGAAGAGCUUUCUCCAGCCGGGAGCUCGGCCGGUGGUCCAAUGCCGAGGAUGCAGGCCGGGCUCUGAGGAUGGGCGACGUCGCUGGCCGUGAGGAGGCCACGCAGGCGUGGGCUGAAUUAGGGUUUAGGUGUGCCUCGUUGGUACCUCAGAGUAGACCUUCCAUGAAAGAUGCAGUCACUGUAUUGGAAAAGAUUCCAUCUUGUUCAUACUAAAAUGCAUCAGAUUGCUGCUAAGAGAAUGGAAUACACAUCUUAAAG